AUGCAACCCGGCUCAAUGGAACAGGUGCAGAAGCUUUCUUCUCAAAUACACCACGCCAUCCUCCGAAAGCCCGACCCUGCUGCCACCCCUACCGAGGACCUUGCGUACUGGACCAUGUGGCUCAAAUACACCGUGUCGGAAGUCCUAUUCUUGCAAGUUCAGCACGGUAUUAUGAGAUUUCCACGCUACGUGGUCGGCGCUGCGUACGAAUAUCAGAAAUCCGCCCGCGUUCCAGGAUACGAAUUCUCCGGACUUGCUGUCAAAGCAAUCGGCGACAAGACAACGGCAGCCCAAUGGUACGAUUUUGCCUUGCCAAUUGAGGGCGACGAUGAUGGGGCGGUCCCGCUGUUGAAGUGGGAGGAGAUCGACCACGAAUGGAUUGAUAGCGAAUUUCAUCGCUCUGCAGUCACGCCGGCUACCCCAGUUCCCCUCCCCUCAAAGAAGCGCGGUAAUCCGCCCGGUAUACCUGCCGGUGACAUGAAGCGGGGCCGCAGCGACGCGCCCCUGGAUGCCCCACCUCUCAAACGGCGGAGGGUGACGGCGAGGAUGAGCAGAACACCACGCCUGCCGCGCAUUGAGGUGCCGUCGUCUAGCUCCGAGUCUGAGGAAGAGCUAACGCGCGGGCGAAGCACAACACCGCGUCGUAAAGCCGGGCGGCGCAACCAACGCGGCGCGUCCAAACCACGCUCCACAUCGAAUGCAAGUUCGCAGCGUUCCAUCGUGACUCGUUCCCAGUCGCGCUCACAGCGACCCAAAAAUGGGACUGCGGAUGGUGGCCACGAGGCCGACCGCGACGUCAACGCAGAAGGGGCUGAAACAAAGAAAAUGCGCCCCAACGAGAGUCGCAAAGCCGUCGAGCCGGAACGGUACUUCCCGGAAUUCCCAAAUUCUCAGCAUAGCCUUCCAGUUGGCAUUAUCUCGAUGAACGGGCCCUACAAGAAACUCCGCUGCGCCGUCUGCGUAGAUCACGGCCAAGAUUGCAUAAUAUCGCCGUUCACAUCUAAAUGUUGCCUAGCCUGCAUCACGCUUAAGGGCUCUUGUAGCAUCACGAAGCUCGCACACGGAAGACUGGCGCUUGGCGCCUACCUCCUUUAUCGAGUCGGCGUCCAACUGGCGAACCCUGACAUGUACCCAAAUCCCAUUUUCCUGUCCAAAGCAUGGCUGGACCGGGCGAGCAAGGAUGUCCCCGACUGGUUUUACUUUUGGUAUUUCUACUGGCACAGGCAACCGGCAAAAGUCAUCCGAGAAAUCAUCGACAACGAACGUCUGUCCUCGGUGUGGAUGCUCAUCGAGGGUCAGGAACAUUGGGAUUACCCAACUGCGCCGCAACGUCCAAGAACCUCCCGCAAUGCAAAGAAAGGGCCGACGACGCUUCCGAAGGUUGACAUAACAACCCUAACGUCCGACGAUGAUCUGUCGGCAGUUCCCUCCGGUGAUGAGGCCGAUGACGUGGGAAGGAAAACACGAUUCAACAUCGCCGCCGUUUCCCCCAGCAACAGCGCCGGCCCAUCCAUCGAUGUGAAGGGGAAGACAAAGGAACGCCCCCCUGCCUUCGCUAUGACGAGGCCGAGCCACGCCUCCCCCAUUCCUCCCGAUGGCGAUGACCUUCUCAUGGAAGCACUUGGUAACCUUGAUGUUGGCACUGACGUGAGCGAGCCACGUCCCCUAUCCUCAGAGACGAGCGCAAUCAGCCGUCGUGUCUUUGCCCUGGAGCAGCAAGUUCGCGAAUUGAAGGAGGAGAAUGCCGAGCUGCGCCGAGCACAAGCGGCCUUUCCUGGUAGUCGGGAACUCAUCAGCAUGGUUGUACAACGGCUACAACAAGACGGAUUGGGUGUAGCUCGGUCGGGCGUUUAUCACGGUGCGGACCGCAAUGAGCAAGCGGCUCUGCGCGAGUCGAUCCUCGGCCCAGAUGCAUCCGCAUCACCAUCCGCCGGCGCGGGCCCCCCGUCGACUAUCCGCGCCAAUCCUCCUCCUCAUGCCGGCCGUCAGCCUCCUCAUCUCGGCGGCUUCCUCGGAGCGGCGCCCUCUAGCUCUGUGUCCGCCCCUCCCGCCGCCGUUCGAGCAACCGCUCAGGCCACAUUUACAGAGCAAUCCCACUCCGGCACUGCACCCCCCACGCGCCCGUGGUUCUCAAAUCCCGGUAUGGACUUGCUCCGAGACGCAGUGUAG